AUGACUUUGUUUGCCCUUUUCUUCAUAUUCGUUGCGCUCCUUACCCCAGUUUCCAUUGGAAACUCUCUUGAUGAUAUUGAUCGGUUUACCAAGGAUCCCGAAAACCGACGUUUGCUUUUUUUGAGCGCUUAUCUUCGUUCGUUACAAGCCAUGCAUACGAAGCCACGGGAGUUUGUUACUCUUGCCGGAUACCUGGGAUUUUUAGAUGCACCAUCACAACCUAGUGGAAGACUACCAUUGGAAGGACAAAGAGGCAUGUCACCAGCGGCGAUAUUCGACUUCAAUGAAAGAAUGUAUAGUCUGGCAAGCAAUCCCACCACUCGGAAUUAUUUGGCUUCGAGAUUCGCACAUGCAAUGAUAGAAGCACUGGAUAGGGAUCAUGAAAAGUGGAUGCAAAUGCAAAGCUCUUUUGAUCCGCUGGAUGACCAGUGGGCACGAGGUGUACUGCAACAGUGGAAUGCACAAACAGGAACACAAUUGGGAGAGUCAUGGCCUGAGCAAGGCGAAUUUCUACCGGCAUCACAGUAG